UGGGUUUGCCCAAGGCACACCCUAAGAGAACCCACUGAAAAUCGAGAAACGGAUGUGUCCAGUUGUGACGAAUCCAAACCAGAUUGUGGCAAGUGCAUCAGUUUCCGCAUUCCGUGCAGCUUCUCUCCGUCUCCUUCUACUAGUGCCUCGGGAGGGGAGUGCUCAUCUGAUAUCAGCCAUGGCUCACACGCUGAGCGCGGCAAAAUAUUUCACAAAAUUCGUGGACGGCCACGCAAGGACUGGUCAGCUAUUGAGUUAUCGCUACAGCAGGAGUCCAGCAGUCCGGCUUCAACGUCGGGCUCCAUUGAUCAUGGCCCGUCUCUCCUGAAUUUGGACCAAGCUGAGCUACUACAUCACUUUACCACAUCUACUGGGCCGAGUCUAGCCAACCCAGAUGAUAGAGACGAUCUCAUCACGCGAUUUUGGUCACACAAUGCUCCGCUUGUCGGUUGUGGCUCGCCGGCAGUGUUACAUCUUUGCCUCGCUCUCGCCGCCCGGCAUCUUCUUUAUCUUGGCACGGGCCUCCACCACCAAAACCGUUCGCAUUAUGUCUCCUUGGCCGAUGAACAUUUCGAGUCAGGCCUCACCAAGGUAAAUGAGGCUCUCCGCAAUGUUAGUCCAGCAACUAGUGGUGCCACAUAUUUAUCAACUAUUCUCCUCUGCUAUUGUACCUUUGCUAGAGGGCCCUCGGGAUCAAAGGAUUUCCUUGUAUGCGAUAUAUCGAAGAGCACACCAAUGCGGUGGCUUUCUAUAGCCAAGGGUACUGCCGUCUUGCGCGAGACUUUUGGCGCAGAUACUCUCUUUGCGGGGCUCAUGUCUCCUUUCAACAAUCCUUACGGGACAUCGCCUGAAGAGGAUCCACGUCCUAGCUGCGUAUGCCAAAACUUCCCAAAAAUAGAAUGGUCGGGCCCCCUGGGGGAGCUACGCCGUUGGAUCAUCUCAUGCGAGAGCGACGACUGUGAAGUGCUGCUUGCGUCUUUGGAAGUGUUGGAGAAUAUCUACGAGGCUACAUUUGGCGACGACCAGGGUGGAUUCAAAUGCUCCCCGAGGUUCAAGAUGGUAUUUAUAUGGCUGUAUGUUAUGCAGGAUUCCUUCCUAUCAUGCCUUAACAAGGAUGACAACAAUCUGGCCUUACUCUUGGUCGGCUACUUUGCGCCUCUGUUGAAAACUAUGACAAAAGCCUGGUAUAUUCAUAGCUGGGCAGAGCACAUUACCGCGGCACUAAAAUUAGAAAUCAAGGGGGACCAUUCCAAGUUUCUGGAAUGGCCAGCAACAGCUAUUCAGUUGCUCGAAGCUCGAAGCUUUACUAAGAAUACAAAACUUCAUUGU